GAGCCUCCAGGGAAGGCUGUAGGGAGCGGAGCCUGCCCGGCUCCCGGCUCUGGCCACGCACCGGGACCCUCCCUCCAGCCCUGGGCGCUGCGCCCUCCCCUGCCGCACUAACCUCCUGCCGUAUUUCACGCUCGGAGGAGGACGAGGCUGUUUUACGACGGUCAGCGCGGCCACGCUCUACCCUCCCGACCUCCUGCCGAAUUCCACACCGGGGAGGGCGGGAGCCUCUCGCGCUCUUUCACGAGCCUGACGUGCAGCCGGCGUGUGCGGUUCCAGCGCUGCUCGCUCGGGCCAUGGCGGCGCCCGGCGCUGAGGCGGACGCGUUCAGCCGCUACCGCUCGCCGCUGGUGUCGCGCUACGCCAGCCCCGAGAUGGGCUUCAACUUCAGCGAGAGGCGGAAGUUCGGCACGUGGCGGCGGCUCUGGCUCUACCUGGCCCAGGCGGAGAAGUCACUGGGACUGCCUAUCACAGAUGAGCAAAUCCAAGAGAUGGAAGCAAACCUGGAUAACAUAGACUUCAAGAUGGCAGCUGAGGAGGAGAAGAGGUUGCGUCAUGAUGUGAUGGCUCACGUGCAUACCUUUGCCCACUGUUGUCCAAAAGCUGCUGCUAUCAUUCAUCUUGGAGCCACUUCCUGCUAUGUGGGCGAUAACACGGACCUGAUUGUUCUCCGCGAUGGGUUCAACCUGCUGCUGCCCAAGCUCGCCACGGUGAUUAGCCGGCUGGCUGAUUUUGCUGAGCAGUACGCUGACUUACCUACCCUGGGUUUCACUCACUACCAGCCUGCACAGCUAACCACAGUGGGGAAACGCUGCUGCCUGUGGAUCCAGGACCUGUGCAUGGACCUGCGGAACCUGGAGCGGGCUCGAGACGACUUGCGAUUUCGUGGUGUGAAAGGCACCACUGGCACCCAGGCCAGCUUCUUGCAGCUGUUUGAGGGAGAUCAUGAUAAAGUGGAGGAGCUGGACAGGCUGGUGACUGUGAAGGCAGGAUUUAAGCGAGCUUAUCUCGUCACAGGGCAGACCUACAGCCGCAAAGUGGAUGUUGAAGUCCUAUCUGUGCUAGCCAGUCUAGGGGCAUCCAUACACAAGAUCUGUACUGACAUCCGCCUUCUGGCCAACCUCAAGGAGAUAGAGGAGCCUUUCGAGACAGACCAGAUUGGUUCCAGCGCCAUGCCUUACAAGAGGAAUCCAAUGCGUUCAGAGCGCUGCUGCAGCCUGGCUCGCCACCUGAUGACUCUGGUCCUGAAUCCACUCCAUACAGCCUCCGUGCAGUGGUUUGAGCGCACCUUGGAUGACAGCGCAAACAGGCGUGUGUGUCUGGCUGAGGCUUUCCUCACAGCUGACAUCAUACUGAGCACGCUGCAGAAUAUCUCUGAAGGAUUAGUGGUGUACCCCAAGGUGAUUGAGAGGCGGAUACGACAGGAGCUGCCCUUCAUGGCCACAGAGAAUAUCAUCAUGGCCAUGGUGAAAGCAGGGGGUAAUCGCCAGGAUUGCCAUGAGAAGAUGCGCAUUCUUUCCCAGCAGGCAGCUGCUGUUGUGAAACAGGAAGGGGGGGAUAAUGACCUCAUUGCUCGGAUCCGUGCUGACCCCUACUUCAGCCCCAUCCAGGGACAACUGGAGAGCCUCUUGGAGCCCACCUCCUUCACUGGACGUGCUUCCCAGCAGGUGGCGAGGUUCCUGAAGGAGGAAGCUCGCCCAAUGCUGACCCCGUACCAAAGCAAGAUGGGUGUGAAAAUGGAGCUGGCACUUUAGGCUGGGCUUGUGGAUGUAUAGGGAUGUGGGUGAUAUUAAAAGCCUUAAUAAACCAAAUCUA